UGUAUGCACGCGCGCGAGCUCUCCUGUAUCGUCGCGCGCUCGGCUGCACACACACAGCAUCAUCUGAGCAUCCCUCUGUCUGCACCGGGGGGAAAGAGAGAGACCUGCGAGUGCUUUUCCUGCUGCUGUGCUUUUUAUAGUUCUGCCCAGCGCCGGUGAACAUCAAAGGAAGAGCCUCUGGAUUAUAUAUUGUGGGUGAAUUCGCAGACGGUACCGAUGAGACGCGAAUGAAAACCUGAACCCGACAACGAUGUUAAUCAGGUUAUGAGUGCACUUACAGCUUGGUGAUCCGCAUACACAGACAAGCCAAUGAGAGGAUGGCCAGAGGUCACAUGAUCUACGGAAGCACCUAUCAGUCGCUGCUAUUGGUUUUACUGGGCGUGCUCCAGCUGGCGCAUACACAGACUCCCCCUCGCUUCACCCGGACCCCAACUGAUCAAAUAGGUGUUCAGGGGGGCGUGGCCUCCUUCGUCUGUCAGGCCACGGGAGAUCCACACCCCAAAAUCACUUGGAGCCGAAAAGGCAAAAAAGUCACCAACCAGAGAUUUGAGGUGAUAGACUUUGAGGAUGGAUCAGGCUCUGUGUUGAGGGUGCAGCCGCUGCGGACUCCCCGCGACGAAGCUUUAUACGAAUGUGUGGCAUCUAAUGAAGCAGGAGAGAUCAGCGCCUCGACACGCCUCUCUGUUCUCCGCGAGGACCAGCUUCCCUCUGGUUUCCCGUCUAUAGAUAUGGGUCCGCAGCUGAAGGUGGUGGAGCGUUCUCGUACGGCUACCAUGCUGUGCGCUGCCAGCGGAACGCCUGACCCGGAGAUCACCUGGUUUAAAGAUUUCCUCCCCAUAGAUACACACAUUCAUGGUCGGAUUAAACAGCUGCGCUCAGGUGCUCUUCAGAUCGAUCAAAGUGAAGAAACAGAUCAGGGUAAAUACGAGUGUGUCGCCACCAACAGCGAAGGAACACGGUACUCAACACCAGCUAACCUUUACGUCAGAGUGCGUCGGAUCCCACCUCGCUUCUCGGUGCCGCCGAUGGAUUAUGAGAUCAUGCCGGGAGGAAGCGUGAAUAUCUCCUGUCAGGCUGUGGGCGUUCCCAUGCCAUAUGUCAAAUGGAUGCUGGGAGCCGAGGAUUUGACACCAGAAGAUGACAUGCCUAUUGGGCGGAAUGUUUUGGAGCUCACUGAUGUACGCCAAUCUGCCAACUACUCGUGUGUGGCCAUGUCUACUUUAGGAGUUAUAGAAACCAUUGCCCAGAUCACGGUUAAAGCCCUUCCCAAUCCUCCAGGAGCUCCUGUUGUAAUGGAGCGAUCUGCCACCAGCAUUACACUGAUGUGGGACAGCGGGAAUCCGCUUCCUGUUUCUUAUUACAUCAUUCAGUAUCGCCCCACCUCCUCCACUGACAAUUUCAAAGAAAUCGACGCCAUCGCAACGACUCGAUACAGCGUGGGUGGACUCAGCCCCUACUCCCACUACCAUUUCCGGGUGGUUGCGGUGAAUUCGAUUGGCCGUGGCCCUCCGAGUCAAACGGUGGAGGCCCGUACUGCCGAGCAGGCACCGAGUUCCCCUCCACGCCGCGUUAGAGGUCGCAUGCUGAGCGGUUCCACAGCGAUGGUGCAGUGGGAGGAGCCAGAGGAGGCCAAUGGUCAGGUGGUCGGCUAUAGGGUUUAUUACACAUCAGAUCCAUCGCUAUCCGUGAGCCAAUGGGACAAGGAAAUGGUUCGCGGGGGGAAUUUUUUGAACGUUCGGGACCUGACGCCUAACAAAACCUAUUAUAUUCGAGUUCUUGCCUUUACCGCAGUGGGGGAUGGACCGCUUUCCAGCGACUUGCAUAUUAUCGCUAAGACAGGAGUCCCAUCCCAGCCCACUGAACUGAAGGCAGAGGUGAAAUCAGAGACCAGCGUUCUUCUGUCAUGGAUCCCUCCGGCACACAGUGGCACAGAUGCCAUUAUUGGAUACGAGCUCAUAUACAGGCUUGGAGACCAGCCAGAGCAGAAAAUAUCAUUUGACCCCAGCUCCAGUUAUCUGAUGAAGAAUUUGAAGCCGUUUUCCACCUACAUAUUCCAGCUAGCAGCUCGCAGUAAACACGGCCUGGGGGCAUUCACCGGUGAAAUCACCAUUCAGACUCCACAGACACAGUUCGUGCCCCCUCCCCAGGAAGUUACAUGCAUAAGCCCAUCCUCCACAAGUCUGCUCCUCAGUUGGGCUCCACCCCUCAUAGAUGAAAAUGGAAUCAUAACAGGGUACUCCAUCCGCUAUGUGGCUGUAGAAAGAGAGAAGGACACCGUACAAAGGAUCUCGGACAUCCCAUCUAACUGUUACCGCUACCGGAUAGAGGGACUGAGGAAAGGGUCAUUGUACUCGGUGACUAUCGCCGCCCACAUGGAUGCCAGUCAAGGGCCAGAGACCCUACCGGUAUUGGUCCGCACACAGGAUGACGUGCCCAGCGCACCACCGCGGGGUGUGGAUGUGGUGGUCUUAAAUGCCACCUCUGCCAGAGUGUCAUGGAAACCUCCAGUUGCUGAGCGACAGCAUGGAGUGAUCCGUGGUUACCAGGUGACAUACGUCAGACGCACAGCGGAGGAAAGAACAGUCUCUCCCAGAAUUAAGGAACUCCUGUUGAGAGACUCAAAGCCACAGAACGAUUCACAACAAUAUGAGCUGAUUUUGUCUGAUCUGUGGCCUAACACGGAAUAUUCUGUUACCGCGGCAGCAUUUACCUCAAAAGGAGAUGGGCCACGCAGCAAACCCACUCUCAUCAGAACUAAACCCUCAUUGCCAGGGUUACCAUUGCUGACAGUUGCAUCAUCGGAAGAAGGAACUGUACACUUAAACUGGCUGCCUCCGCCAGCGGGUCUAUCCCCCGUGCUGGGUUACAGGCUGUCAUACGGCCGGGCCGACCCCACCUCAGAUACCUUCAUUGUGCUGGAGCUUGAUGAUGACAAACGCACACACAGCAUCCAAUCUCUGAGUCCCGGGACGCUGUACGUGUUCCGCCUCGCCGCCCGCAGCGUGUGGGGUUACGGCUUGAGCGCUCAGGUCACACUUUUCAUACAGACUGUCAUGGAAACGACCACCGAGGAUGCGGUGACAGUUGCAGGGGCGACAGAAGGUGGAAACACCAGCAUUGUGGAAACCAUUUUAUCUCUGUCUGGUUUAACAGCGGAAAGCAUUAAUUCCUCAUCAGCCAUCCUGAGAUGGGAGCGACCAAGAACCAGCGUGCAGAUCCAAGGUUACCGCGUGUGGUUCGCUGUCACUUUUAGUAACGGCACAGACAUUGCAAUGGAAUCUGAUGUUACGGAGCCCACAGUUGUUCUUACAGGCCUUGGGGAAAAUACUGAGUAUGUUGCACGAGUAUGCAUGCUUAGCAAACAUGGCCCUGGGCCCUGUAGUCUUCCAAUAUCCAUCAAAACUCAACCAGUACAGGAAGUGUUUGCUGUAAACUUUCGAGUGAAAAAUGCCAUGAAGAGUUCAGUCCUGCUGACCUGGGAGUCUCGUACCACGAGCAAUAAAGCACAGCCUCUCAUUAUCUCAUAUGGUGACGGUGAGAGUGUGGAGGUAGAUGGGCGGCUCGGGCUGAAGCUGGUCACUAAGUUAAAGCCUCAAUCUCUGUACACCUUCCUGUUAACAAGUAAAGCUGAUGGGACCGGAGGCCUGCAGCACCGUGCGGAUGCCAUGACGGCUCCAAAUCUGCUGACCAGGAAACCCCAUCUGCUGGACAAAACCAGCUCGCAGAGCAUCGCUACCCUGCAGCUGCCCGCUGUCCAGGGACAGGCUAACGUCAGGGGUUUCUACAUUGUGGUUGUUCCACUGAAGAGGCAGAGAGGAGGAAACUUUCAGAAUAUAUGGAACGAUCCAGAUGAAAUGAACAUCGAUGAGCUGCUGAGAGAGAUUAAUGGCACAGGUCGCUCCGUGCGUCUGAGGAGGCAGGCGGAGGCAAAGCCGUACAUCAGCGCUUAUUUCCAGAGUCUACCAGCUGAGUUUAAACUAGGAGACGGACGCGUGUACGGGGCAUUCCUGAACCGACCGCUUCUCAACGGACAGGAAUAUGUCUGCUCCGUGCUGGCUAUUCUUGAACUGGGCCAGAAUACUGUCUACUCCACAAGUCCAUUCUCCGACGCCGUGCUGUUCUCUGACGUUGAACCGCAGCCGAUCGUAGACGAGGAGGAGGGGCUUCUUUGGGUUGUGGGGCCGGUCCUGGCCGUCAUCUUCAUCAUCAGUAUCGUCAUCCUCAUCCUUCUCUUUAAAAGCAAACCAGACAGGAAGCGGGCGGAGCUAGAGGGCAGGAAGUGCAGCUUUCCCAGCAACAGUAAGGCCAUGAGUUCCCAGCAUCCAUCUGACCCAGUGGAGCUCCGUAGAAUCAACUUCCCCACCGCCGGCAUGACCAGCCACCCUCCAGUAUCCAUCUCAGAACUCCCAGCACACAUCGAGAGGAUGAAAGCCAACGAAAACAUAAGAUUCUCUCAAGAAUAUGAGUCUAUUGAUCCAGGCCAGCAGUUCUCAUGGGAACAUUCUAACCUCGAAAUAAACAAGCCAAAGAACAGAUACGCCAACGUUAUCGCCUACGACCACACCAGAGUAUUACUCUCCGACAAUGAUGGUGUUCCUGGUGGUGACUACAUUAAUGCCAACUUCAUAGAUGGGUACCGGCGUCAAGGCGCAUACAUCGCCACCCAGGGCCCCAUGCCAGACACGUUCAGUGACUUUUGGAGAUUGGUCUGGGAACAACACACAGCAAAUAUCAUCAUGAUCACCAAACUUGAGGAGAAGUCAAGGAAUAAAUGUGAUCAGUACUGGCCCAGCAGAGGUACAGAGACAUAUGGACUGAUGCAGGUCUCCUUACUGGACACGGCAGAUCUCGCGAGCUACUGCGUCAGGACUUUCGCUCUCUUUAAGAGUGGAUGUUCAGAGAAAAGGGAGGUUCGUCAGUUCCAGUUCACAGCAUGGCCUGAUCAGGGAGUACCUGAACAUCCCACUCCAUUCCUGGCCUUCCUGAGACGGAUCAAGGCCUGCAACCCGCCAGAUGCCGGGCCCAUUGUGGUCCACUGCAGUGCCGGUGUGGGCCGAACAGGCUGCUUCGUCGUCAUUGAUGCCAUGUUGGAGCGCGUGAAGCAGGAGAAGACGAUAGAUGUGUAUGGUCAUGUGACCUUGAUGCGAUCUCAGCGAAACUACAUGGUGCAGACAGAGGAGCAGUACAUUUUUAUUUACGACACACUGCUUGAGGCCGUUUCCUGCGGCAAUACCGAGGUUCCAGCAAGAAACCUCUACGCCUACAUCCAGAGACUCUCGCAGACAGAACCGCCAGAACACAUCAGCGGAAUGGAGCAGGAGUUUAAACGACUAGCUAAUGCCAAAGCACACAACUCCCGAUUCGUCAGUGCCAGCCUCCCUUGCAAUAAAUUCAAAAACCGACUGGUCAAUAUAAUGCCAUACGAGAGCACACGUGUCUGCAUGCAGCCAAUCAGAGGAGUUGAGGGUUCAGACUACGUCAAUGGCAGUUUUAUAGACGGCUACAGGCAACAGGGGGCGUAUAUUGCGACUCAGGGGCCGCUGGCUGAGACGGUAGAAGAUUACUGGCGGAUGCUUUGGGAACACAAUUCCACUAUAGUUGUUAUGCUCACUAAGCUCAGAGAAAUGGGAAGGGAGAAAUGUCAUCAGUAUUGGCCAUCAGACAGGUCAGCACGCUACCAGUACUUUGUCGUGGAUCCCAUGGCGGAGUACAAUAUGCCUCAAUAUAUACUCAGAGAGUUUAAAGUCACGGACGCAAGGGACGGUCAGUCUAGAACAGUCCGUCAGUUUCAGUUUACGGAUUGGCCAGAACAGGGCGUUCCAAAAUCUGGUGAAGGCUUUAUUGAUUUCAUUGGUCAAGUGCACAAAACAAAAGAACAGUUUGGUCAGGAUGGGCCCAUCACAGUACACUGCAGUGCUGGCGUUGGGAGGACAGGUGUGUUUAUCACUCUGAGUAUAGUGUUGGAGAGGAUGCGUUACGAGGGAGUGGUCGACAUCUUCCAGACUGUCAAAAUGUUGCGUACUCAACGUCCAGCCAUGGUGCAGACAGAGGAGCAGUACCAGUUCUGCUAUCGAGCGGCGCUGGAAUACCUGGGUAGUUUUGAUCACUAUGCAACAUAAACCUUCUCUUGGACCAAGGCCACAUCCUCACCCACUGAGACCUGCGUCUGAUCAAUCUGACAGCCUCUUUCUGUUGCCCACAGUCCAUAAGUCUGAGUGAUUUCUCCAGACAGCACACUAUUUAAAAGCCAGACAGGGAGUCCGGCUGGGAUAAAGAAUUGUCGCAACAAAUUGUAGCUCAACCCAUAUGGUUAACAGUUGUCCAGACAUAUUUGGGGUGGAAGGAGGGUGCUCAGGCAUAAGAGCUAAGCGGACCACAGAUCCAAUGACGUUGCGUGAAUUCGACCAUGUGCUGUCUGGAUGGAUUCAUCAGACCAAUGAAAAAGUGUGAGAGGAGACAACAUUCUGUUUGAUUGUACUUGUUAAUUUUCAUCCUUUGUUUAACAGCAAAUCCCCCAAAACACCCACAAAAGAUGCAGUAAUGUUUAUUGAGGGAUGCAGACCAGGUUUCCACGUUUUUGUCACCGGUUGUAUAGUGGACCCACUAACUCACUUGAUGAAGUGAAGAAAAACACCUAUGAGAAGGAAUUCAAUGUCAACCCAAAUAUUGGUGCUUAUGCCAGUAUCCGGUGUAUUUUUCUGUAGCGUGCACAAACACAUAUAAAUACAUAUCUUUCACAGAUUUAAGAAAAGGAAAAUAGAAUAGCCUGAAACAUGGAGAUUUGUCUCAAAAUCCUGUGCAAUAUUGAACGUGACCGCACCUUCAAGUGUUAAAACCACUUAAGUAUUAGAGAUAUUCUCACUGUAAUUAAAUUGUCUCAUGAAUCCUAUAUGAUAUAAAGUAAAAACAAAAUGUUAUAAACCAUAUUACCACAUAUAUAUAUAGAAAUUGAUAUAUAUAUAUAUAUACAAAUUUAUGAAUUGUCAAUGUAUUACGUGAUAUUUCUAUAAUGUGAGUGAGGUCCCUGUCAGUGCACAUAUUGUUACGUACUGAUCGCAGAAGUUAAAUGAUGAUUUUUCACUACAUUGUUACCAAGCAAUGCUUCCAAUUUCAGGUUUGAAAGUUCACAUAUUCAAAAUUUGAUCCUAAAUGGCAACAGAGUUUCUAAAUAUGGGGUGAGAUACUCAAAACAAUAAUGGAUCAUUUGACACUGGUAGUGCCUUAUCAUAGUCACAUGUUUAAAAUUGGUCGCUAUUCAAGUUAUGUUUCACAUCUAUGGAUAUGAACCUGCUUUAUUUAAAGACAAUUAAAUAUUAAUAAUAGAUAUUACAAGUUAAAUAUAAUUGUAUCUGCUAAAUUUAAUAUAAAAUGUAAUAUAUUUUACACCUAGACCAAUAUUGAGGAGCAGGGCAGGUUUAUUCAGUCAUAAAGUGUUCUGCCAAAAUGACUAAAAUAUGAUUUUGUUGAAUUUCAAUAUGUGUUCAGUUUUGAGAGGACACAAGUAUAUUGUAUCUGUAAUGGACAAAACAGCUUCAUAUUCUGACCGUUAUGUAUGUAGUUAUUGUUAUAAAUUAUGUAUUUAAAAUUGAAUGCAGUAGACAACACUAUAGUUUUUACAGUUUGAGUCCAUACUGCUGGAUUCAUGUUUUACCCAAUGUAAAUGCUAUUUGAGCAGUUUUACCUAAAGUUUAUUUGAUACUAGCAGUGAUGUUCAUGUUAACAUCCUUCUGCAACAGACAGUACAGAAGUAUGGAAUUAUGGAAGUACUGUGAUCUUGCAGGCUACUAUAUAACCAAAGUGAGACUUUGAAGUUAGAUUUGAAACUGAAUAAACAAUACUGCAGUUUAACAAUAAACAAGAGGCCCAAAAAUUCAUUUAAUGUAAAUGGCUGGCAAAUAGACUUGUAAUAUUGACAAAAUAAUUCACAUAUAUCAAUGCCCUUGUGUUUUUGAGUAUCGUUGACCAUGACAGUUUGUGUAUGGGUUUGGAAAUUACUCCACACUUGUUCUAUGCACUAACCCUUACUAUUUCUUCAACACAUAAUGUUAUUUGUAUUGAAUGAGAUGAACUCCACAGUGUUGUUCACAGUGUGUGCAUGUUUAGAGAAAACUAUGUUUUGGUUACAAAGCUCAAAAAGAAAAUAUGCACAUAGCCUAUUGUUAUUAUUAAAUACUUAAUAGAUUACAGGGUGGUAUGGCGGACUUUCAUGUAGUCUGGUGGUUAUCAUCAUUCGUGGUCACUGCGAACUUCAGCUCAUCAAAUGUUUCAUUUCCUUCAUUCCAUUAUUAUUUUCAUUCAUUGUCCCGUUUUUAAACCAGGUUUUAAAGGAAAUAAAUCUUCCACUAGCUACCUGCUGUAUAAUAUUACACAUUGAAGUGCAUCAUGACCAAGUUUCAGGGUUUUUCAAAUUUCAAAAAGCAUUUGUUUAGGAGAACUUCUUUGCUAAACUAAGUGUUAAUGAUUAAGGGAAAAAAACAUUUUUCAGUGCAUGAUAGCCCCCGUUUGUAAAAUGCCAAGGUACACGUCUGAUUUAGAUGAAUUAUGACAUUGUUUUGUGUGAAAAUGAACUAGCACAAUCUGUAUCAUGUAAUCUGACCAAAUAUGCAUUGUAUCACAAUUUUCGUACCGUCAAAUGUUGCUGUGAGAGGUUUUACUAUUUCACCCAUUAAUUAAUGUGAAACACAAAAGGGAAAUCUUUUACCUCUGAUUUUGUAGUAAAUGUAAAUAUUUCAGAGGAUGUUUUCUUUUUUUAAUUUUCCUACUUUACGUUGUGAGGACAGAUGUGAGAAUACAGUUGUAUUCAUGGAAAACGUUUUAUUUGUUACAAAUAAAAUGGUAAUAAUAA